UGGGACAAGGAGAGCGCGAGCGCGUGGCCCGUGCGUAUGGUAUCUACGGCACUCUCGCAUCGCUGCAUUUUUGUGUCCUCGUGGCUGUGCGGUAAUAAAUGCAUGGAAGCCUUACCACCACUGAACGACAAGAAAGAAAGCGACAGAACCCCCCUCUUCUUGGCGGACAUUGAUCAAGGCAGACACAGUUGGUUGGUUUGGAUACCUGUACCUGUACCACAACAACCAACAGAGUGCAGCAAGAGCACAGAGCUGUGUCUGUUCUCACAGCAACUAUAACAGCCAUUGAGGCGUCUGUGUUGUUUGCCAGAUAGUAUAUACCCUGUUGCUAUUGCUAUUGCUAUUAUCUGCAGAGCGAUACUUGAAUUGAAUCGAACCAAAUAGCGACGCACAUAAAAGUGCCUGAGGUUUUCUUGUGGUGGCCAUCUCAUUUAUCAUUUGAAACCAGCAAGCUAAAGACACAAGUAACAAGCAGCUCUGUAUCAAGAAAAACUCCAAGAAGUUUCUCAUGGCGCCGAUAGCGAUUCAGGCGGAGCUGGUCAAGGGGCAUCACCCCGCCACUCUGCUCUAUUCGGAAUUCUAUUCCACUACCACUUCGUACAGCAAUCCUACCCUUAUCACUACAACAACAACGACGACGAGCACUGCAUCUACUACGACUGCAUCUACUACUACUGACGGCAACAAGAAGGAAUCGGCGACGCUGGAUUUCAUCGACGUGGACAGCACUACUGCUUCUUGGGAUAUCUUGACUUGUUUUUCGAUGAUGCUGCUGUGGCUUCAAGGCGUCGUGACGGCUCUGCGGUCGCUUGUGGUGGCCAACGACGACCACAACGACGAGAACGAGACGACCCCAGUGUCUGGACCCCGCAAGUACUUUUUAUUGCUACAAUCGCUGCUACUGGGAAACUCGGCGGCGAUUGCUACCUGUACCGCUUGUGCCAGUUCUCCCAACUCGCUUUGUCAUGUUCAUCAUCACCACAAACAAGUAGUCAACGAUGGCUCCUGGCCACCGCCGGGAUUGGUGGCAUUAGCUAUACUCACCGUCGUCGCUUUGGUCGUUCAUCCGGAUGGCAUGACAUGGAUCAUGUUGCGCAAGAUACGCGACACUAUGGUUUCCAUCUUGCAAUCGUCUACCACGUGUUGGGCAAUCAUGAUACGGGAUUAUGGAGUGGUCGUGGGGACUGUGUCUGCAUCCGCAUCCAUUAUCCUGGUUCUGAUUGUCGCUAUUGCCAUGCACAAAGCUUUCUUGUCCAACUGCGUCGCCCACCACAAGAAUAAUAGUGGGACUGCCGCAACCAGCUCAACCAAGCGUCGCUCCAGUGGCGCGGAAAAGAAACGACGUAGACGAAAGGGAAAAAAUAAUGCACGAGGACGGAUAAAAACGGCCGGGAACAGUAGCAGCAACGCCAACAACAAUGCUCUACGAUUACCCAAGGUAGAAGAAGUCGCAUCGGAUGGAGCUAGUCGAAGCAGCAGCGGUGAUGUCAACGUUGUGCAUUCGCCUGCACCCGCACCACCCACCAGCACGUCUUGUUUUGAGGAAGGUAGCAUCAUGACGUCACCGUCCGCACUGGAAUCGGUUGUCAGCUCGGAUGAAACCUGUGACACUGCCAAGUUGAGAACUCCUGUGCCCUCUGUCUGUACCGUGGAUACCACGUCCAUGUCGGAUGAUAUUUCGUGCUCGUCUUUCUCGGUUCGAUCUGGACAGCAACAGCAGCAGCCAACACCCCGCUCCAAUCGUGCGGUCGUCACCUCGCCACCCAAAGGUAAAGGUAAAUCUGCAGCAGCAAAGACGAACAGCAAUGGCAAGACCAAGGGACAAAAGCAAGGAAAGGCUGGUGGUGGUAAAUUGCCACCACCAGCUCCCAACGCCGCUCGGGCAGAAGCUCUGAAAAUGGCCAAGCCCGUGCCCAAAUUCACCAUGACUGAUAAUCGAUUCGGAAACCAAUACAGCUCCAAACAGACUGCUGCCGCUCCAGCCGCUGCUAAGGGAACCUAUAGUGCUCAGAAUGCUCGUGCGACUCGUGGUGCCAAGGGAAAGAAAGCCGUGACAAACAAGGCACAGCCAGCUCCACCCAAGGCCGCUCGAACCGUGUCGCCAGUGCCAACAACCUUUGAUAGCACUUUGCUAGUUUCAACGACUCCCUCUCCCCGGGCCAACAACGCAACAACUGUUAUCUCUGGGUCUCCUGUCAUCGCUUCGCCAUCGCUUAACACGGAACGCAACAACCUGACUCUCAUUAGUGGCCAUGCAACCAACAGCAACGACGAAAACAACAGCCGCUUGCCGCCUUUCUCGCCAUACUCGCAGUCCUUGUUCUCUUGUGAAAUUGGGGCUUCCUCGUGGUCUUUACCGGCUCUUCCUGUUGUUUUGCAACCAACGAAAGUCGGUGCAACAAGUUCUAUUACACCUGCGCCUGCCCAAAGCUACACAACCGGAAAUCCCUUUGUUACGUCUUACAGUCAAAUGCCAACUGGUCCCCGCACUGAGAGUGAUGGUUUGGGUCUGUGGAACACGUCGACCAGGACUGCUGCACCACCCAUGAAUCAACUUGGAAGCAUGAGUACACCAAAGCGGCCUGUUCGUCCCCCACCUGGUUUGUCCGCGCCACCGGGUUUUGCUCGUGUACCACAACAGCUACAACAACCUGCUUUGACCAACAACCACAGUACCGCAUCUGAUCUCUUUACCCCUGUACGCAACAAUAACGAACUGCCCUCUCUGGUUCCUUCAACACCGUCCACAACCUGCACGAUUCCAGAACCCUCGCCUUUUUCUUGGAACAAUGCACCGCUUGUGCCUGGUGGAUUUCACAGUGAGAGUCCGAUGAUGAUGAUGAUGAGCGCUCCAGUAAACCAAAAGAAUCCAUUCGCAGGCGACACCAGCAACAAAAAUAACAAUGGUGUCGCCAGCAACGCGGAUGAAGUGGAGUGCCGCAUCGAAGCUGAAUUGCAAGAGCUUGGAGGUCGAAUGAUUGGCAGCGUGUUGGACUUUUGAGGAGGAUUGUGCUGUACCGUAAGAGGCUAGUUUGCGAUAUACGAGUGUGGACGUAAAGCCCGAUGGAUAUGAGCCUUGUUGAAGCGAAGGACGGUGGAGGCUUUUGAGUUAGUAGACUAUGGAGUGGAAACAGAAGGUCUAACUGCUAGCAAGCUUCCGGUUCUGCUGAAGUGUUUUUGGCUUUCUUGAAGUAUUUUAGGUUGUGGCACUGCACA